CCCAAUCGGUUCACACGCACGCUGCGCUGCCCCUUCGCCAGCCAGAAACAUGGCUCUACGGGAGCUGUCGUCGCUGGAGAAAUAUUUAGGAUUGAAAAAGCCGAACAAAUACAGUACACAGGGGGAGAAAAAGGUGCCUGUGCUGCAGAGGGCCAAUGGUCCCCCCCUGGUUGGCUUGGUGACGGUCGCCUGUCAUCUGGCGAAAGACGCCAAGCGCCCCGAGCUGCUGGGGGACUCCGCGGAAAGCAGGGCGGUGGUGCAGCAGUGGCUGGAGUACCGGGUCACCAAGCUGGACGGCUGCACGAAGGAGGACGCCAAGACCGCCCUGAAGGACCUCAACCUCUACCUGCAGGACAAAGUCUACAUGGCUGGAAACCAGUUCACCUUAGCGGACACGUUCAUGUUCUAUGGAAUCCAUCCGCUCAUAGUGGACUUGGCCGUCCAGGAGAAGGAGCAGUACGUGAAUGUGACGCGAUGGUUCGACCACAUUCAGCACUACCCGGGCAUCCGCCACCCGCUUCCCCCCGUAGUUGUGCUCAGGAACAAAAUUUACAGCAGCAAACACCACUGAGACCCUCCAACCCCCCCCCCCCCCCCCCCGCCCCCCUCCCAUCCUCCCAGCAACCUCCCAAUUCAAAUCAUCACCCUUAACACCUUUCCACAUGCUGUUUUUCAUACCAUGAUUCCUGCCUUUUAUGUUUUGCCCCGGUGGUUAAUCUGAAAUCGCCCGCGUGCGUCUCGGAUCGACGGUGGUCGGUUUGACAGCAGAAUCUUACCCAGCAGUUUAAGUGCAGGCAGCACUGAAACUCCAUUGAAGGAUUGCUUACUAAUAAAAAUCAAGUUCAGUUCGUAGUCUUAUUACAAAACAAUCAGUGUGCAAUCAUUUCAUUGCUCCGGUGCCUUUGGGUGUUGACUUUAACUCAUUGAUUACAUGUCAUCAGCAGUUUGGUGUCUUAACCUUUUAUUCAUCAUGUGGAGAGCAAAGCCUGUGAAACUAUACAGUUGAACCUUUUGUGUUGUUGUGUUGUUUUUGUGUUUUUAAGAUUGUCCGGUUGCUUUCAAAGAGAAGGCGGUACGGGUUGCAGGAAACGGCUUCCAGCGUGUUUCUAUUUAUAAAUGGUGAUUUUAUUUAGUCUAUUCCGAGCCUUGAACAUGCUCUCACAGGUAGAAGAGAUGUCACCUUCCUGCUGGUACGUCGUGUCUCUAGUGCGGGCCGCCUCCUUUAGGACAUAUCAAUACGUUUUACCCAAAUACGUGUGUUUGCUGCUUCAACAGCACAACCCCGUAAUGAGCACAGUCCUUCCUCUGCACGCCGAUGAUCUCAGGAUUCUAUGCCUUUCACAUUCCACUGGAGAACUGAGUGUGUCUGUGUGUGUGUGUUCCUGAUUGCAUCCACUUCCCCUGCCACCAGCCGUGUGGGCAGCAGUGAGCACUUGAGCGUCAGCCCCAGAGUCAGAGAUCAGAGUGAGGCUUCCAAUCAGUCCCACUACCACCACUGUUGAUGCUGCAGGCCAGAGGGAGGGCAGCGGGCUCACCAGCUGCCACACAGAUCCAGCCAGCCAAGGCCAGAACCGGGGGGCCCCCGGGCGACAGUCAGCCACUGUGUGUCAUUUCAACCCUCGCGCUCCCACGGGGCUGAGAGAGAGAGAGAGAAGGACGAAGGGAGGCAGCGAGCGAUGGGGGGGAGGAGCAGAGAGAGAGGAAAAAGAGCACCCAGAGGCCGAGGGAUCUUUUCGUGACAUGUGAACAAUGAUCCGUGCCUCCCAAAGCCUCACUGCUGCUGGCUGGAUGUUUGCUAUUAGCACCAUUAACAGGCCUCGGCGGCGCAUCCUGUACGUUCACAUUAUGGAGCUAACAAGUAGACUGAGAGCAGUGGGGAAUUAAAUUACAUUGUAAAGGAAACGUGUACACUCAAGCAGGAAAGUGACAUUGUGUUUGCACCAAAGUUUUUGUUGUUCACUGUCUUCUCUUCUUUUAGCUCCUUCUUUAAUUCCCUCAUCCAAGCAGUUUUGUAGCUUCUGUGUUGUUGUUUUUUUGUCCAAUGUCACCAUGAUGUUCAUCCUAAUAAAUCUAAAAGACACACAGCUCAUGACCCCUGA